AUGGCUGAGGCUCCUAUAUUGACAUCCUGGGGUGACGAGGGCUCAACCAUCCCCAGCCUCGAGCUUAUCUCCAGUAGAGGUUCCCGAUGGGCUCACCGCGUUCUCCUCGCCCUCGAGGAGGCUCAACUUCCCUACAAACUCACCGAAGUCGAUCUCAACAACAAACCAGACUGGCUAUUCAAAGCCAACCCUCGAGGGCUCGUGCCCAUCCUCGGCGUGGGCACGCCUGCGGUCUACCUCACCGAAUCCGCCAAUAUCGUCUCCUACAUCACCGACCACACCCCAUCUAUCCAGCCUUCCACUGACCUCGAACGCGCUCGAGCGGCCCGCAUAGCGGAGGUUGCAGUGGACCUCCUCGCCGGCGAGAUAUCUCCAGAUCUGAUUCCUGUCAUCAUCGCACCGCUCUCCGAGGACGAGCGCGAGUCGUACUGGAAUAGGUCAUUGGGGGUUGUAGAUGCAGUGCAGGGACUGCUAGACUCCGAAGGGCCAUUUGCGCUGGGGCAGCGGUUCACCGAGACGGAUAUCUUGAUCGCUCCCUUGGUUGGGCGGCUUUGGGCUUAUGGCAAUCACGCCCUCAUCCCGGCGGGGAAUCUUCUCACAAGACAGAUUGAGGAGGAUGCAAAGUAUGCGAGGUUUGUGAAGUAUGUGAAAGCUAUCAGCGAGAGAGAGAGUUGGAAGAAGACGUGGGAUGAAGAGUUCUCUAUCAGCCGAUUGGAGAAGAAGAUCGCUCAGUACAAAGCCAGUCAGGACAAGUCAUAG